UUUAUUAGUUCUUCUUGUAAAAUCUUAUUUGGGAAAGGCGUUCCAACACAUAUUGUUCCCAUCUGUCCAUUGAUCUAUCUGUCAUCUGUUGAUUUAUUUAAUUAAAAAAAAAAAAACAAACAAACAAAAAAAAAAAAAAAAAAAAAAAAACUUUAAUAUCGCAUCUCUCUUUAAUUUCGGAUCUCACUUGUAAAAACGGGAUUGUGUGAAGCAACUAAAGAAAAUGUUAGUUGCCGACCCUUUAUUUUAUAUUAAAACCAGACCGCCUUGCCAUAAGAAACUAAAUCAUUUCCAAACGUGUUUAGUUAUUCUUCUCCAUGUUUUGGUGUCUGCACAGGCAACAACUUGCCCUCAAAACUGCGAGUGUUCUGGGCUUGGCAGAACCGUAAUUGUGAAAUGCGUCAACAAGGACUUGAAUGCAAUUCCCCAACCUUUGCCUUUAAAUGUCAAGACUCUUUUUAUAACGGGGAAUGAAAUCCCUCACCUCAAACAUGAUGCAUUCCCACAGUCCCUGGAACAGCUAACUAACCUGAACCUAAGUAGAAAUAAGAUCGAGGUCAUUGACCCGUUUGUUUUCGCCAAAAUGCCAAGCCUGAAACAACUUGAUCUGAGCAAUAACAGGAUUUACAAAUUCAGUCCCAAAUGUUUCAGUACCAACAACGUAUUGCACGAAUUAAAUCUAAGCAGCAGCCUGUUCAAUAAUUCCUUCAUAGAGGAAAUAUCCGCUUUGGUUCGGAACGAGACUCUAGUAAAGCUGGCGAGGUUGGAAUUAUCAGAUAAUGAUCUGGUGUACCUCCCCGAGGAUAUGUUUACAGGUUUACCAAAUCUGAAGAUACUUGCCUUAAGAAACAAUUCCAUUGUUAACUUGAAAAAUGGGACUUUUAAAAAUCUAAGACUUAAGAGUUUGGACAUGAGACAGAACUCCCUGAAAGAACUCGCAAACGCUACCUUGGAUGAUUUUGACCUACAACUAGGCAUCUCUAUUCAGCUGGCGGAUAAUGCCUGGGUUUGUGAUUGUAAUAUUGAAGAUUUCCUUGAUUGGCUUGGGAGAUCGGACGCUGUAUUGGAUAAAGGAGAACUGUACUGCGCUUUCCCAGACAGCUUGAGGGACACGCGGCUCAUGGAAGUCAACGUCUCGGAGCUGCACUGCCCUUUCUAUAAAGACAUGAAGAGCGUUUUACAAACUUCUUAUGUCUUUCUGGGAAUCGUGCUUGCGCUGAUCGGAGUUAUUUUCCUCCUGGUUUUGUACCUGAAUAGAAAAGGAAUAAAGACGUGGAUUUAUAACAUCCGAGAUGCGUGCCGAGAUCACAUGGAAGGGUACCAUUACAGAUAUGAAAUUAGCACAGACCCACGGUUAACCAACCUCAGUUUGAAUUCUGAAGUUUGAAAAUAAUUAUAAUAGACGGGCACGUUGACUUGUUAUAGCUAUGCAUGACAUCCUCUCACUAAGAAUAGGCUUAACUCCGUGCUUGCUUUUUUCCAUAGAAACCAGACUUUGCAACAGUAAUAAGUGUAUUAGUUCCUGCUAGGAAUUUGCCAUCAUGCACCCUUGUAAUGUGUUCACUGAUGUGUUCUGUUAUUCUUUUGAUGUUGUGCAAUGCUGCCUGGGGAGAGAUUUACAAUCCUGUGGGGCCUUAGCAAGGAUAUUGAACUGUAGAUUCUAUGUGAAGAUGCAUUUUCUCCUACAACACUUGCAAAGAUUUACAGAUUUUCAUACUACUUCUUAGUACUAAUGUCAUAAUAUGCUGUGCAAAAUAUAGCACAUGUACAGUUUAUACAGUCUACAUGUUAUUAAUCCCUUUGCAAAGUUGCAUGCUUAUAUUGGUUAUCUUGAUGACUUGGUGGUCCAGUGGUUAGAGCAAGGGGCUUCUUACCAGGAGGUUCCCAAUUCAAAUCCCAGCUCAGCCACUGACU